UGAAAAAGAAAACCUCUUUGCAACAAGUGUGUGAGCUGCUUUGGAAGUUGUAGCAUAUAAAACACAAGCUGUUGUUCCUUUCCACUCACAACCACGGUAACUCCAUGCGCACAACUGUGUGGAAAGUGCUUAUCGCAACUUCAGGUUGAAGAACAACACAAAGACCGCCCAGUUAGCAGUCCUCAGCGCUGCACUUCGCUCCGGUUUCCUAGAAAUAUACCAUAACUAAACAACUGACCAUGGAGCUGACGGAUGAUCAGCUGAAAGUGGCUGAAAUUGAACUGGAAAGAUAUUUACCUCGAUCUCAGCAGAUCUACGGAUUUGUGGUCCUCCGAAACAGAGUCAAAUCAGACCCAGUGCAGAUUUUUGUGGACAAGUGGCCACAGUUCAGUGUUGUUUUCUGCAAACCAUUCUGUAAACAGGAAAAUGAUCCUUUCAGAAUUAUUUUCGUCUUUGCAACCGAUGAAGCUGUUCUGGAGGAAACCCUAAGGAAGUCUUCUCUUAUUGACUGGACCAGGUAUUUUGGUCUUGGAAUGAACAAUUCUCACAUGGAGAUACUCAAAAAAAUGGCAUCGGAAAAAAAUGUGCCCUGCAGGAAAAUAUCAGUGUGUCAUCGGAUGAGACUGGAAGACAUAUCCAAGCUUCCCCCUAUAGACAGCUCGGGGAUCUCGCUGAGCUCCCUGGAUGAAUCGCACAUUGGUUUGGUGUCUCAGACAUGGAAGUUUGUUGAGCAUGAAGGAGCUGUUGGGAUGAUCCGCAGGAUGAUUUCAAACUUUCCCUCCUUCUGUGUGCUGGAUGCUGACGGACAGCCCGUGUCGUGGAUCCUGACUUAUGAUUCGUGUGCCAUGGGAAUGUUGUACACUCUGCCGGAGCACCGAGGGAAAGGCUACGCCAAAGUCCUGAUCAGCAGCAUGGCCAAGAGACACCAUGCUCUGGGCCACCCAGUGUACUGUUUCAUAGAGGAGGAGAACACGACCUCUUACAGGCUCUUUACAAACCUGGGCUUUACUGAAGAUCCCUCAUACAGGGAAAGCUGGUUUGAAUUCAACUGAUUUUAAAUAUUCAAUAAAAGUAAUAUCCUGUGCCAAAGAUCCCAGAAUAAUAUGUUAUGGUUCAAGUCUGCGCUCAUUAAACCUGCCUUCGUAGCACAGAAAAUACAAGAGCUGAAAUGGAAAUGCAAGUCAGAAAUUUGGUUGUUAUUGUAGGAGCAAGUUAUAAACUUGGUGUAGGUCUUUGCAGACCAUUCCAGACACAUCUCAUCUGUUUUCUGGCAGGGUGCUGGAAGCAUGACUGGCUCUGAAAUGAACACAAAAUCUUAAUGUGAAUUAUGUGCACUUAAAAAUACAUUGCUUAAUUGUUAUUGUUUAUUGCUGUGGUUACUCUGAUUCUACGUGUAAAAUAAAUAAGUCUUUUGUUGCCA